AUGCCGGGUCAGUGCACCAUGGUGUGCUACAACUUAGGCUACUGGAUCCCAGAAGAAAUCCUCUCUCGGAUCCACGCCGCAGCAGCUGCUCAAUUGCACCAAGCAUUUGGUGCCCUACCCGUCCUCCCGCCGCAGCCGGAGCCGCUCCUCACCAUGAGGCCAAUGGACCCUAUGGUCCAGAAUCUGGAAGGCCAGAUGGCCUACUACCAAGCGCCCGCCGCCGCCGCCUACCACCACCAACCGGCUGCUGCCGAACCCCAGCAGCACUAUCCGGUCGAUCCCGCGCUGCUGCUGCACGAUUAUACGCAGGGCUUCGACAUGUCGGCGCCGCUCCCCUCGCCGCCAUUAUUCGGCGGUCUCGAUCUCCAGCAACCGCAGCCACAGCCGCAGCCGCAGCCGCAGCCGCAGCCCGGCUUCGAGCUGGAUUCUCAGUUCCCGGUUCUCCCCAACACGCCCCCAGAGCCGGACUACAGCGCCAUCCGGAAUGGCGCGCAGGAGGCCGCGGAGGAGGCCCACGCCCGCCUCGCUGCUUUGCGCGCGGCGCAGAAUGUCGUUGGGGACGGCGCGGUGGCUGCGUCGGCGUCGGCGUCGGCGUCGUUUCAGAACUGGCUCGUCAACUUUCAGAGCGCUGCGCAGGGGAGCGCUGUGCAGGAGAGCUAUGCCGACUAUUUCGACACCGGUGACGGGAUGGAGGUUUCUGGAUUCUUCGGUGAGCAUGGGAUUGCGCCGCUUGGGAACCAGCUUGAAUUCUCGCCCGAGGAUCCGCUGUUUGCUGCUGUGACGGAGAUGGAGUUGUAG